AGAUCAACAUGCUCCCGAAAUGGCUGUCAUGGACAGUCAUCUGUGCGACGAUGGUUUUCGGAUUUCCAUUAGCUACGGGGAUGGAAACAAUCAACGACAAUUCAGGUAAGUAUAUGGACAUCGUAGUGAGGAAUGCUGAACCCAUAUCAAAAGUGUCAAAUCGAAUUUUGAUACCUUCUGUUGGAAGCAGAUUGAAAGUAAAGUUUUGGAACUUUUAUACAUUUCUUUGA